AUGACUGUCGAGACUGCUACCGCCACCACCUCGGCUUCGACCGCGCAGCCCACCCUCAAGCUGCGCGGCAGCACCCAGCCUGCCGUCGAGGCUUUCCCCGGCCUCGAGACCAAGGGUUACGCUGUUGUCAAGAGCGUGAUCUCGCCCGAGAGGGCACAGUACUACGUCAACGAGAUGUACCAGUGGCUCGAGUCGUUUGGCAAGGGCUUCAAGGGCGACGACCGGAGCACCUGGCACAUUGACAAUGUGCCCUUCUUCGACAAGGGCGGCCUGUACCACCGGUUCGGUGUGGCCCACGAGCAGUUUGCGUGGGACGCGCGCUCUGAGCCUGGUGUUGUGGACACGUUUGCACGUAUCUGGGGCACCGACGAGCUCAUUGUCUCGUACGACAGCGUCAACAUUUCGCUCCCCUUGCCCAAGGACGAGCUGAACGGCGACCGCGUCGCCCCCUGGCCGCACGUCGACCAGUCGCCCACCCGCUGUUUCCGCCACUGCAUCCAAGGUAUCCUCAACCUGUACCCGAACGGCCCCAAGGACGGCGGCCUGACUGUGCUCGAGGGCUCGAUGCCCCUCUUUGAGGAGUACUUUGCCACGCACCAGGACCUGCGUCCCGCCGAGGGCUGGCCCACGGCCGACUGGUGGGCGCACAACGAGGACACGCUCAAGUGGUUCUACGACCGCGGCUGCAAGUGGGUCAAGGUCGAGGCCGGCCCCGGCGACCUGAUUCUCUGGGACUCGCGCACGAUCCACUAUGGCGCCGCGGCCGAGGGCUCCGAGCCCCGCGUCGCCACCUAUGUCUGCUACAAGCCCGCAAAGGACAUGCAGCCCGACAAGCUCCAGACCAAGCGCGAGUGCUUUGCCAAGCACUGGGGCACGUCGCAUGACCCGCUCGAGUUCCGUAUCAACGCCGCGAGGUACAAGCCCCACUGGAACAUUGAGGAGGGCGAGCGUACCGCACCGCGCAGCCUGCCUGUGCUCUCGGAGCGCGCCAAGAAGCUCGCUGGUCUCGUUCCCUACUAG